GUGUGUUUGAGUGUGUGUGUGUUUGAGUGUGUGAGACACCUGCACUGCAUGAAGCCGACCAAAUGUCAGAGCUCAACUUAUCGCUGCACUGAGCACAUCACAUGCCAAUCGGUGGUGAGGGAGGUGCAACAGCUCUUAAAAGGGGUUCGUUUGAUAAAUAUUCAUCAUUUCCUCCUGACACCAGAUCAGUGAACAUCGAGGGACAUCUCAGCGACGACAAUCACUUGUGAUCGUGAUGGAGAGGUUUGUCCUCAUUCUCUUCCCUGCCCUCAUCUCAACAUCAGGUGCCAGUAAGUCAGUUUAUGCUCAGGUAGGAGGUCGGGUCGUCCUAAAGCCUCCAGCGAUUAACACAUAUAAAUAUGUGUACUGGAGGUUUGCUAAAGAGGAUGGCCUUCAACUUGCCUGGCGCAAUCACUUGGGUGGAACGGGCAUCAAUAAAGAUGAACCCUGGACAAAUAAGUUGACCUUGCCUGACGAAUCACUGGUCAUCACCAACCUCCAACCAGAAAACUUUGGGACGUACUUUUGUGAAAUUACCUCGGGGAGUCAAACUUUACCUAUCCAUUCCAUCGAACUUAUCAAACUCAACGUGAGUGUGAGCCCAGCCGAGCCUCUGCUGCCUGGAGAAUCUCUGUCUCUGUCCUGCACCGCAGGUUAUCGCAAGAAGCCUGAGAUCUACUGGCUGAAUCCCAGAGGAGAGAGAAUUAAGAACAACCAGGGAACAGUCACUGUGAGAGUCACAAGCCAAGACGAUGGCAUGUGGAUCUGUGUAGUGGCAGAAGAAAAACAGGUCAAAAUGCCUGUAAAGGUUGUGGGCCUUUCUCCAGCUCCUUUAGUUCCUCACUACACGUCUACAUCCUCACCCAUCACUGUCCCCUGUUCGAUUCCUCCUCUCAUCACCUGGGAACAGAUCAAAGCUAAGGGCAUCCAUGAAGUUCACUGGCAAUUCUUCCCCGAAACAUCAUCAGGCCUCAUUUCUCAAGAUGCCCAGAGGCUCUUCUCCCUCUCACUGGCUGGUCCGCUGAGCUGGAAGCGAGACCAACACCGAGGUCUGAGUCCUGCACGAGACCCCAAAACAGGAAAUCUGGAUCUGACUAGAAAGCUGGCCAGAGUAGAAGACAGAGGGGACUACAUGUGCACUAUGAAAUUUAAAAAUGGCCGGACCCUGAACAGGACGGUACACGUGGAGGUGUUGCAAAUCAUCUCCUCACCAGGACCACACCUCCUCUCUGGCCAGCAGCUCAACCUGACGUGCAGCGUGGGCCAACCGCUGCCCUCUGACCUCCAUCUGCAGUGGUUCCGACCUAAACAAUCAGCCCAGCCUGGUCUGAAAUCUGCCCGUCUCACCAUCCCAGAAGUGAGCACGGACGAUGGAGGACAGUGGGAGUGUGGGCUGUUGCAGGGUGAGACGCGGCUGACGUCGGCUGCGAUAACGUUGACGAUAGAACCCAAACUGAGUGUGUGGAUGCUGGUGAUCUCAUGCAGCGCUGCAGCCAUCGUGAGCCUCCUCCUCCUCAUCCUCGGUCUCAUCAUCCACCGACGCAGACGUCGGAAGAUGAGACACCUCAGGCCUCAACUCUGCCGAUGCAAAAAACCCAAGCCCAAAGGAUUCUACAGAACAUGAAGACAUUUCCAACAGGACACGGCCACCGAUUGAAUUUCUGUCCAGAUAAGAUGGAUUUUUCUGUCGUAUCUAUUAAACUGUGAAGCUGUGUUAGCUGUGAGAGAUGAAGGUCUGAAGGUUUGAAUCAAAGUUCAGUCAUCGCUGAGAUGCCAGAUGAGACUCAGAAAGAAAAAUGUAUUUUACAGUUGUAUAUAUCAACCAGGUUGGAUUGUGUUUAAUACCUUUAUGAAUCUAGUCUUCAAUUCAAUUUUGUCAUUUCUUUUAUGAUUAUAAGUAGCUGUUUAUUUUUACAUGUUGGAUUCAGUAUAUUUAGUAUUAUUUGAGUAUUUUUAAAUGUCCAUGUCAUGUAUGUUCUUUAUGAUGCUCCUUUGAAAGGCUUGGUUACCUGCUGCAAUAAAAAUGUACACAUUUAUUUCA